ACAAGCACGGGGAAACCAAAAAAAUUUGAAAAGCCAAGCAAAACCUUUCCGCUCACCCACCAUUCCCCAUUCCUCCGUUCCGGUAGCGCUACUACCGCCGCCACCAGCAGCAGCAGCAGCCUUCACACUUCACACCUCGCCUCGCCGCCAAAAUCUAGAGAAGAGAUUUGAGCCAGCCAAGAGGAAUGGCGGCGCCGGGGAGGAGGACGGACAUGUCCUCGUCCUCGGCCUCUCCCUCUCCGGCUGGGGCGUCCGGCGGGAGGCGCCUGCUGCGGACGCAGACCGUCGGCAACCUGGGGGAGUCCAUCUUCGACAGCGAGGUCGUCCCGUCCUCGCUCGUCGAGAUCGCACCCAUCCUCCGGGUCGCCAACGAGGUCGAGGCCACCAACCCACGCGUCGCCUAUCUCUGUCGAUUCUAUGCUUUCGAGAAGGCCCAUCGCCUCGACCCGACUUCGAGUGGCCGUGGUGUUCGUCAGUUUAAAACUGCGCUUCUGCAAAGGUUGGAGAGGGAAAACGAUCCUACAUUGAAGGGAAGGGUGCACCAGAGUGAUGCUCGAGAGAUGCAGCGUUUCUACCGCGAAUACUACAAGAAGUACAUCCAAGCACUUCAGAAUGCCGCUGACAAGGCUGACCGUGCUCUGCUCACCAAAGCAUAUCAAACAGCUGCUGUCCUGUUCGAGGUCUUGAAAGCCGUUAACGUUUCACAGUCCGUCGAAGUUGAUCAAGCGAUUUUGGAUACACACAACAAAGUCGAAGAAAAGAAGAAGUUGUAUGUUCCUUACAAUAUUCUGCCCCUUGAUCCUGAAAGUACUGAUCAAGCUAUCAUGCGAUAUCCAGAGAUUCAAGCUGCUGUUUACGCGCUUCGGAAUAUUAGAGGCCUGCCGUGGCCCAAGGACCACGAAAAGAAGCCCGAUGAGAAGAAUACUGGUAAAGACCUUCUUGAUUGGCUUCAGGCUAUGUUCGGGUUUCAGAAAGAUAAUGUAUCCAACCAAAGGGAACAUCUGAUACUGUUACUUGCAAAUGUGCACAUAAGGAAAAUGCGAAAGACUGACCAACAACCAAAGUUGGAUGACUGGGCUCUUGAUGCUGUAAUGAAGAAGCUAUUCAAGAAUUAUAAGAAGUGGUGCAAGUACCUAGGCCGCAAAAGCAGUUUAUGGUUGCCAACCAUCCAACAGGAAGUCCAGCAGCGUAAGCUUCUUUAUAUGGGCUUGUACCUCCUGAUUUGGGGUGAGGCAGCUAACUUGAGAUUCAUGCCAGAGUGUCUUUGCUACAUCUACCAUCAUAUGGCUUUUGAACUCUAUGGCAUGUUGGCUGGAAAUGUGAGCCCAAUGACCGGUGAAAAUGUUAAACCAGCAUAUGGUGGUGAUGAAGAGGCCUUCUUGAUGAAAGUUGUGACUCCAAUAUACAAAGUCAUAGAGAAGGAAGCUGAAAGGAGCAAGUACAUAAAAUCAAAGCACUCACAUUGGAGAAACUAUGAUGAUAUAAAUGAGUACUUUUGGUCAGUUGAUUGUUUCCGGCUAGGAUGGCCGAUGAGAUCUGAUGCUGAUUUUUUCAAAACUCCCAAAGAUGCUUAUCCUAAUCGUCUGAAUGAAGAGAACAGAUCUACAGGUAGCGUCCAUUGGAUGGGAAAGGCUAAUUUUGUGGAGAUACGUUCCUUUUGGCACAUAUUCCGUAGUUUCGACAGAAUGUGGAUCUUCUUAAUAUUAUCCUUACAGGCCAUGAUUAUUAUAGCUUGGAAUGGUACCACACCAAGUGAUAUAUUUGAUGCUGGAGUAUUUAAGCAGGUUUUGAGCAUAUUUAUAACUGCUGCAAUUUUGAAGUUGGGUCAAGCAAUCCUGGACAUUGUAUUUGGCUGGAAAGCAAGAAGAAGCAUGCCAUUUGUAGUCAAGCUGCGAUAUGUCUUGAAAUUAAUAUCAGCUGCUGCAUGGGUUGUUAUUUUACCUGUAACUUAUGCAUACACAUGGGAGAAUCCUACUGGUCUUGCAAGAACAAUAAAAAGUUGGCUUGGUGAUGGUCAUAAUCAGCCAUCGUUGUACAUUUUGGCUGUUCUGAUAUAUUUGGCACCAAACAUGCUUGCUUCCAUGCUAUUUCUUUUCCCAUUUCUGAGAAGGUACCUGGAGAGUUCAAAUUUCAAGGUCAUAACAUUCAUGAUGUGGUGGUCUCAGCCUCGAUUAUUUGUUGGCAGAGGAAUGCAUGAAGGCGCAUUCUCCCUCUUCAAGUAUACCAUGUUCUGGGUUCUUCUUUUAGCAAUGAAGUUGACAGUAAGCUUCUAUAUCGAGAUCAAGCCUCUGGUACAGCCAACGAAAGAUAUAAUGAGAGAACCAAUCAGGACAUUCCAGUGGCACGAGUUUUUCCCUCAUGGAACUAACAAUAUUGGCAUUGUCAUUGCACUUUGGGCUCCAAUUAUUUUGGUAUAUUUCAUGGACACUCAAAUUUGGUAUGCUCUUUUCUCUACAUUGAUUGGUGGUAUCUACGGGGCCUAUCGUCGUCUUGGCGAGAUAAGGACGUUAGGAAUGUUGAGAUCUCGCUUUGAAUCAUUGCCUGUGGCCUUCAAUGAACGCUUGAUCCCUUCUGAUGCAAGCAAGAGCAAAGGUUUCCGAGCCGCUUUUUCCAGGAAACCCAAGGCUUCUGGUGAUGAAAAAGAGGAGGAGAAAAGAGCUGCAAGAUUUGCUCAAAUGUGGAACCUGAUUAUCACAAGUUUUCGUGAAGAAGAUCUCAUAGACAACAGGGAGAUGGAUUUGCUACUUGUUCCAUACUGUAAAGAUCGUGAAUUGAAUAUAUUCCAAUGGCCACCUUUCCUACUCGCUAGCAAGAUUCCAAUAGCGUUGGAUAUGGCGGCAGACAGUGGUGGAAAAGACCGUGAUCUGACGAAGAGAAUGGGAUCAGAUCCGUAUUUUUCCUAUGCUAUCAGAGAAUGCUAUGCUUUGUUCAAAAACAUCAUCAAUACUUUAGUGUUUGGCCAGCGCGAGAAAAAUGUCUUAGAAGAGAUUUUUGAUGUCUUGGAUAAACAUAUAGCAGAGGGGACUCUGAUAAAGGAUCUGAACAUGAGGAGCCUUCCUGCACUUAGCAAGAAGUUUGUUGACUUACUUGAGUUACUGCAAAAGAAUAAGGAAGAAGACUUGGGUCAAGUUGUCAUUUUGUUCCAAGAUAUGCUUGAGGUGGUCACAAGGGAUAUAAUGGAGGAAGAGCAGCUUGUCGGAGUGUUGGAUUCCAUACAUGUUGGGAAUUAUAGAAGACAAGAAGGAAUUACACCGCUAGAUGAGCAAGAUCAGUUGUUUGCUAAAGCUAUUAAGUUCCCCAUGGAGGAAUCGAAUGCAUGGACUGAAAAGAUAAAGAGGCUUCAUCUUCUGCUAACUGUGAAGGAGUCUGCUAUGGAUGUCCCUACGAACCUUGAUGCUAGAAGGCGAAUAUCGUUCUUUGCAAAUUCUCUCUUUAUGGAGAUGCCAAAUGCUCCGAAAGUGUGGAACAUGUUGGCCUUCUCUGUCUUGACGCCGUAUUACAAGGAAGACGUUCUGUUUUCCUCACAAAAUCUAGAAGAGCCAAAUGAAGAUGGAGUUUCCAUCCUUUUCUACUUGCAGAAAAUUUACCCAGAUGAAUGGAAAAAUUUCCUCGAAAGAGUGGAGCGCAAGAAUGAGGAGGACCUCCGUGAGGAUGAAGGAUUGGAAGAGGAGCUUCGCCUUUGGGCAUCAUACAGAGGACAAACAUUGACAAGAACUGUGAGAGGAAUGAUGUACUAUCGAAAAGCUUUGGAGCUUCAGGCUUUUCUUGAUAUGGCCAAAGAUGAUGAUCUUAUGGAAGGCUACAGAGCAACUGAACUGAUGUCUGAGGAUUCACUAUUAAUGACUCAGUGCAAGGCUAUAGCUGACAUGAAGUUUACAUAUGUUGUCUCUUGCCAGCAGUAUGGAAUCCAGAAACGUUCUGGUGAUACUUGUGCACAUGACAUUUUGAGACUAAUGACAACAUACCCAUCGCUUCGGGUUGCCUAUAUUGAUGAAGUCGAAGCGCCUAGCCAGGAUAGGAACAAGAAGGUUGAAAAGGUGUACUACUCAGCAUUGGUGAAGGCUUCUGUUACAAAAUCUAAUGAGCCUGGCCAGAGUCUUGAUCAGGUCAUCUACAAGAUAAAACUGCCAGGUAAUGCUAUUCUAGGUGAAGGAAAGCCAGAAAAUCAGAAUCAUGCAAUAAUAUUCACUCGAGGUGAAUGUCUCCAGACAAUAGAUAUGAAUCAGGAGCAUUAUAUGGAAGAGGCUCUGAAGAUGCGAAAUCUGCUGCAAGAAUUCGAGGAGAAGCAUGAUGGUGUGAGAUAUCCGUCGAUACUUGGAGUAAGAGAACACAUAUUUACUGGCAGUGUUUCAUCCCUUGCAUGGUUCAUGUCAAAUCAGGAGACUAGUUUUGUGACUAUUGGACAACGUGUGCUUGCCAAUCCGUUGAGGGUCCGUUUUCACUACGGCCAUCCUGAUAUCUUCGAUCGUCUGUUCCACCUUACAAGGGGUGGUGUGAGUAAAGCAUCCAAAAUCAUCAAUCUUAGCGAGGAUAUAUUUGCCGGAUUCAAUUCCACAUUGCGUGAAGGCAAUGUUACUCAUCAUGAAUACAUGCAAGUUGGCAAGGGAAGAGAUGUGGGUCUUAAUCAAAUAUCGCUAUUUGAGGCAAAGAUUGCAAAUGGUAAUGGAGAACAGACGCUGAGCCGUGACAUCUAUCGGCUGGGGCACCGUUUUGAUUUCUUUAGAAUGUUGUCUUGUUACUAUACUACAAUUGGCUUCUACUUCAGUACAAUGAUCACAGUUUGGAUCGUAUAUGUUUUCCUCUAUGGGCGGUUAUAUCUUGUCCUUAGCGGACUUGAUGAAGCACUGGCUACUGGAAGGAAGUUUGUCCAUAAUGCACCUCUCCAGGUUGCUCUUGCAUCAGAGUCUUUCGUGCAACUUGGAUUUUUGAUGGCGCUACCAAUGAUGAUGGAAAUCGGUCUGGAGAGAGGAUUCAGAACGGCAUUGAGUGACUUUGUGCUAAUGCAACUUCAGUUGGCAUCUGUUUUCUUCACAUUUUCACUUGGGACCAAAACUCACUACUACGGGAGGACAUUACUCCAUGGAGGAGCUGAAUAUAGAGCCACUGGACGUGGAUUUGUGGUGUUCCAUGCCAAAUUCGCUGACAACUACCGACUCUAUUCUCGCAGCCAUUUUGUCAAGGGUAUUGAGCUGAUGAUUUUACUUGUUGUGUAUGAAAUAUUUGGGCAGUCAUAUAGAGGGGCUAUAACAUACAUUUUCAUCACCAUUUCCAUGUGGUUCAUGGUGGGAACUUGGCUAUUUGCACCAUUCCUGUUCAAUCCUUCUGGGUUCGAGUGGCAGAAGAUUGUGGAUGACUGGACUGACUGGAACAAGUGGAUAAGCAACCGUGGAGGUAUUGGCGUAGCGCCAGAGAAAAGCUGGGAGUCAUGGUGGGAAAAAGAGCAGGAGCCUCUUCGACACUCCGGGAAGCGUGGUACUAUUGUUGAAAUACUGUUGGCAUUGCGUUUCUUUAUCUACCAGUAUGGACUUGUGUAUCAUUUGAAAAUAACCAAGAAUAUAACCAAGGAUACCCGCAGCGUGCUGGUUUAUUGCUUCUCAUGGGUUGUCAUUUUCGUUAUUUUGGUCGUUAUGAAGACUGUAUCGGUCGGCAGGAGGAGGUUCAGUGCAGAGUUCCAGCUUGUCUUCCGGUUGAUCAAGGGCCUCAUAUUUAUAACAUUUAUCUCCAUUAUUAUAAUCUUGAUAGCAAUCCCUCACAUGACAGUUCUUGACAUCUUCGUUUGCAUCCUUGCUUUCAUGCCAACCGGAUGGGGUUUGCUCCUGAUUGCCCAAGCGAUCAGGCCUGCUGUUCAGAAGAUCGGGCUCUGGGGAUCGAUCAAGGCUCUUGCCCGGGGCUAUGAGAUCCUCAUGGGACUCCUGUUGUUCACACCCAUCGCCUUCCUUGCUUGGUUCCCAUUCGUGUCUGAAUUCCAGACGAGGAUGCUCUUCAACCAGGCUUUCAGCAGAGGUCUUCAGAUCUCCCGUAUCCUUGGAGGGCACAAGAAGGACCGAGCAACCCGGAACAAGGAGUAGGUUCACGGCUCAUGACUGACAAAUUGCAUGCUAUCAGAUUGAGAGAUCAGAGGGAAUUCACUAUUCAGUAGACUCCUUAGUAUUUCCAGUGUAGUUGUAGAUUGAGAACCGUAUGCAAAGCUCCGCCAUGUCCUGUGUGCUGCUGUGUUAGAUAUACAAUUUCUAAGCAACUGCUGGGGAGUAUCUUAUUGUAUUAGUUGCUGAGAUUUCGAUCCUGCAUCUAUGUAACCUGAUGGUGAACAUGUAUGUAUAUCUAUCUAUCUAGUUUGGACUUGAAUCUUA